UCACAAGUGAGGGGUGGUUACUUUUUUUUCUGAGGGUAUUCUCACCGCUGCUGUUCAUUCACCAGAUUAGGGUUUUCUUACCGGUCAGUCGCUGCUCUGUUGAUCACACUUUUGUCGUCGUCAAUCGCUUUUACCGUGACUACUUUUUGCAGUAUCGAUCCAACAAAAACACCCUGAGAUGAAAUCUAAACGUUUAUCGAAAUCUGAACGGUUGUCUAAAGCUAAACGAUUGUCUUUGGAUAAAAUCACCGCACUUCCUCUAACUAUAAUAGAAACCAUCCUAUGUCUUAUACCAAUUAAAGAGGCAGCUAGGACAAGUAUCCUCUCAAGGGAAUGGAGGUACAGAUGGACCAGCAUUCCUAAACUUGAUUUUUCUGAUGGCCGAUAUGGAAGGCAAAUAAUGGAGACAAGUAAACUUAUACGUGCUAUACACCAAGUUCUGUCAUUGCGACAUGAUCCGGUACACGAGUUCUCCCUUUAUAUAGAUGAUGUUGACCGCUUUGGAAAAACUGGUUUCCCCUCUCGUGAACUUAAUCAAAUAAUACGUCAUUUGUCGAAGAACCAUCCUGUCAAGAAGUUAAGACUUUAUUUUGAUGCAUCUGGUGAUAGUUUUUAUAAUUUACCCUCCUCCGUCUUCUCAUUGCGUCACUUAACGGAACUAUAUCUCGGUUAUUGUCGUCUUGGCCAUCAAUCCAAAUUUAAUGGAUUUCGUGGCCUUACAAGCUUAUCAUUGGAUUAUGUAAGGAUCUCUAGAAAAACGCUUCUACAUCUUUUAUCUACUUCUCCAUCACUUAAGAGGUUUACUCUGCUUAUGCUCGAACAAGAUAUUCUGGGGCGUGAAAAAUCCACCAUGAUUGAGCUAUUUGAGCGUUUACCUGUGAUUGAACAUCUGACUGUUUUGGGUGAGAUCAGUCCGUGGUUUGUUCCAGACUUGGUGCCACAGGAGCUUCCAACCUCACUAAUCCACCUUAAAUACUUUUGUUUCACACAAAUGUCUUUUCAUGACGGCUUUGGAUUGACUUUUCUUGCUGUUUUGAUCAAAAACUCCCCUAACUUGGAGAAAAUUGAUCUAGAGAUUGAUACAGACAGUUUUAUUUGCGAAUGGAUACGUUACCCUGAGCAUUAUGAAAAAUAUCAUUCAGAUGUUUGGUUGGAGCAUUUGUCAGAUGUUUGGUUGGAGCAUCUAAAUGAAUUGAAGAUUGAAUAUAUUAGCAACUUGGAGCCUGAGAUGGACUUUUUGAAGUUUAUCUUGGCCAGGUCACCCAAGCUGAAGAAGGUGAGCAUAAGAAGUGAGGUUAAGAAGGAUCAAGAGUCGGGGAUGUUAAAAACGCUCUUGCGUGCCCCACGUGCUUCCGCAGUAGAAAUUGAUGUUGUUUAGAUCACUCAAGUUUCUCAAGAAUUAAGGUUAAGAUUUAUGAUUGUAAGCUAGAGUUUUUGUAUAGCUACUUCUAUUUCCACAACUUUUUUUCUGAAAGACUGAAACUGCUAAUUUGUGUAUGAAUUGUGAUCAUGAUCGUGUGGCUGAACUUUUGUUUAGUGUGGUAUUUACAUAAACUGAAGUAGCUGCUUACCAGAGUUGACAUAUUUCUUGCUUA